UCUAUCUCAUUUUUUCCUUUAUCCUGUCUGUGUUAAUUUUUCCUUCAUCUGCUGUUUUCAUCUCAUCCAUCUCUCUGUUUUCAUCUAUCUCUCUGUAUUCAUCUGUGUUAAUUUGUCCUUCAUCUCUCCUUAAUGGCUUCAACCUCAAAUGUUGGAGCUUCUUCUGCUGCCACUGUUAAUGAAGCUCCACCUUCUGCUUCUGCUGCUCGUGUUAGGGUUCCUCCUAAAAAUGCAUCUGGAAACAAGACUGAUCCAGCAUGGGAAUAUGCUACAUCGAUUGAUAUAAAAACAAGAAAGGUGAAGUGUAAACUUUGUGACUGGGAAUUCACAGGAAAUGCUUUCAGAAUUAAGCAUCAUUUGGCUGGCACUAAUAGUAAUGUUAGGCCUUGUCCAAACUGUCCUCCGGAAGUCAGGAAAAAGUUUUUGGUUAUUACUGAUGGCUUACAAGAGAAGUUGCUAAAAAAGAUACAUGUUGACAUUAACAUUGAAGGCGAUGCUGAUGAUGAGGUUGGUGAUGGUGCUGGUGCAAAGGGAAAAAGAAAGAGUCAAGGAGAGCUAGCAAGAAAGGAUAUGUACAAAAGAGGGCUGACACAAGCUAAACAAAGCACAAUCAAUGGUGCCUAUAAGAAAGAAACCAGAGAAGAUGCUUGUAAGGAUAUUGCUCUUUUCUUUUACAAUAAUGCUAUUCCUUUUAAUGUUGCUAGGUCUGAUGAGUACCUUAAGAUGUUUGACAAUGUUACAAAACAUGGUAUAGGGUUUAAACCACCUUCUUAUCAUGAAAUUCGAGUUAAAUAUUUGGACCAUUAUUAUGGAGAGAUUAGUAAGGUAGUUGCUGGAUAUAGGGCAGAUUGGGAGAAAUAUGGUUGCACAAUAAUGACGGAUGGUUGGACAGAUAGGAAGAGAAGAACUAUAUUGAAUUUCUUGGUACAUAGUCCAAAGGGAACUGUAUUUCUAAAGUCCAUUGAUGCAUCCGAUAUAACCAAGACUGCAGACAAAGUUUUCAAGAUGAUUGAUGAUGUUGUUGAAGAGGUUGGAGAGGAAAAUGUUGUCCAAGUUGUUACGGACAAUGCGGCGAAUUACAAAGCAGCCGGAGAAUUGUUAAUGCAAAAAAGAAGUAACUUGUAUUGGACACCAUGUGCCGCACAUUGCAUCGAUUUGAUGUUAGAAGAUUUUGAGAAGAAGAUCCCUCUCCACAAAGAAACAAUUCCUAAGGGAAAGAAGAUCACCACCUACAUUUAUGGUAGAACAAGUCUUAUUUGUAUGUUGCAUAGGUUCACUAAGAAUGUUGAUUUGAUUCGACCUUCAUUGACCCGUUUUGCGACAUCUUACUUGACAUUGGGUUGUUUGAAUGAUCACCGAGAUGAGUUGAUAUCUAUGUUCAAAUCAAAUGAGUGGAAGACUAGCAAACUUGCUAAGAGUAAAGAUGGGAUUGUUGUGCAAAAGAUUGUUUUGAACAAAAUGUUUUGGAAGAAUGUUUUGACUUGUCUAAGAGGUGCUUUUCCACUUAUUAAAGUGUUGCGCAUGGUGGACUCCGAAGAGAAGGCAGCCAUGGGGUAUCUUUAUGAAGAAAUGGAUCUUGCAAAAGAGAAUAUCAAAUCAAGCUUUAAUGGAGUUGCUAGGAGCUACACUCCCCUUUGGAAUAUAAUUGAUCAAAGGUGGGAUAAGCAACUUCAUAGGCCACUACAUGCUGCAGGCCUUUAUUUGAACCCCAAGAUACGUUAUGCUCCGGGAUUCGUUGAUGAUGAUGAAGUUACGGAUGGCAUGUAUGAUUGUUUGCUUAGAUUGGUGGAUGAUCCGGAAAAAAGAGCCAAAGUUGAUUACCAACUUGAGGAUUUCAAAGCGAGGAAAUCAAACUUUGGUAAUGAAUUUGCUACAUUUGCACUUGGAAAUAAAACACUAACACAAUGGUGGGAAUCUUAUGGAAAUAAACAUAAAGAAUUGCAAUGGUUCGCUUUGCGAGUACUUAGUUUGACAUGUAGCUCAUCGGGGUGUGAACGGAAUUGGAGUGCUUUUGAAAGGGUUCACACUAAGAAGAGGAAUCGCUUGAAGCAAAUCACAAUGAAUAAGGUAGUUUUUGUGAUGGUUAACUCAAAAUUGGGAAAGACUAAGAUUAAGAGAAAAAGUGCUAACUAUGAGAUUGAAGAAAUUAAUUCCGAAGAUGAAGGGGAAGAAUGGAUUGAGAAUGUGGAGGAUGAGGAAGAUGAAGGAGAUGACACUUCACUUGAUGUUGGACAAGAUGCUAGUAUCGGUGAUGUUCUUGGUGAUGAUUUGGAACUUCCUCCCAUUGAUGAAGAAGAUGAUGAUGAUGUCGUUGAAGAGAAUGAGGAUGAAGAUGGUGAUCUUGAUGACUAUCAAGAUGUUGGAUUGGAAGAUAUUUUGAAUGUCUAGAUUAUGUCUUUUGUGAAUGAUACUAUAAUAGGUCCUUUUUUUUGAAUUAUGCAUAGGCCUUAAGUUGUGAUUUUUUGAAUGAUGCAUAGGCCUUUAGUUAUGGUUGUGAAUGAUAGGUCUUUUUUUGUGAAUGAUGCAUAGGCCUUUAGUUGUGAAUGAUAGGUCUUCCUUUUGUGAAUGAUGCAUAGGCCUUUAAUUGUGAAUGAUGCAUAGGCCGUUGGUUACUUAUUUUAUUAACUUAGUACUUGGUUGGUUAUGAAGUUAUGAACAAUUGGAAUGAUAUAUAUAUGAAAUAUUAAUUAAGUUUAUUGUGUUCAUGUAUUAUUAUUAUUAUUAUUUUGUGGUUCUGUGUAUAUGUAUAUAUGUGAAGUUACCAUUUUACCCUUAAGUAGGUUCUUACGAAUCGAGCUACGAUCCCGACCUUACGACCCUCCACCAGCCUCCCGAUCCUACGUAGGAUCCCGAACCUGACUACAUUGAUCUGAAGAGCU